AUGAAACGGCCGGGCCAACCCGAGGGGGAGGGGCGGGUUACGAGAAGGUUUGCGAGUGGGGAGAAGAAUGAGCUCCAGUUUCUGACCUCCUGGCACGGCGGCGGUAUUUAUCAGGAGGUGCAUGUGACUGGGUAAGACACAGGGCCCCGGCUUGAAGGAAACAGCUGCUCUCGGCGUGCUCCGGCACUUGGCAGCUGGACAGGCAGAGUGCUGAUGUGAAAACUACCGACAAAACCACCCCAGCUCUCCAAAGUACUUAUAAUCUGAGUUGAACAAACCAGUUCUAGAGACUGCUUCCUCAGUACAUUUCCCAAUGAUGGUAACUGCCCUUAAAAUUUUUUGCAGUUGGAAAUCAAUCUGUAUGAAAACAACAGAAUUUAUUUGAAGUACAACUAAGAACAGAGGUCACCAGCAGUCGUCACCGACUUGCGUGAUUAUGGGGAUGGUCUAUCUGAUGUUGAAAAUGUCUAUGGUUUUUUGACAACGGCUGAAGAACAAUGGGGUCAAGUGGCCUUGGGAAAGCUGCAACAUUGGAUGAACUGCUGAGCACGUGCAUUGAGAUGUUUGAUGACAAUGGAGAGCUGAAUAAUAGUUAUUUGCCAAGAAUAGUUCUACUGAUGCACCGAUGGUAUUUAUCUUCCACUGAAUUGGCAGAAAAACUUCUUUGCAUGUACAGAAAUGCCAGUGGAGAAAGCUGUGAUGAGUUUCGAUUAAAGAUCUGCUACUUCAUGAGGUACUGGAUUCUGAAGUUUCCUGCAGAGUUUAAUUUGGACCUUGGUUUGAUUCGUAUGACUGAGGAAUUCCAAGAAGUAGCUAGUCAACUAGGAUACGAAAAACACAUCGGUCUCAUCGACAUAUCCAGCAUUCCUUCCUACGACUGGAUGAGAAGAGUCACACAGAGGAAAAAAGUAUCCAAGAAGGGAAAAGCCUGUCUGCUGUUUGACCAUCUGGAGCCCGUUGAAUUGGCUGAGCACCUCACUUUUCUGGAGCAUAAAUCUUUUAGAAGGAUCUCAUUCACCGAUUAUCAAAGCUAUGUCAUCCAUGGCUGCCUGGAGAAUAACCCAACCUUGGAGAGAUCUAUUGCUUUAUUUAAUGGAAUCUCUAAGUGGGUCCAGUUGAUGGUUCUUAGCAAACCAACCCCCCAGCAAAGGGCAGAAGUCAUCACAAAGUUUAUCAAUGUUGCAAAGAAGCUCCUUCAGCUCAAAAAUUUUAACACUCUGAUGGCGGUGGUGGGAGGCCUUAGUCAUAGUUCCAUUUCACGCCUCAAAGAGACCCAUUCUCAUCUUUCUUCAGAAGUUACAAAGAACUGGAAUGAAAUGACAGAGUUAGUCUCCUCCAACGGCAAUUACUGCAAUUACCGCAAGGCCUUUGCCGACUGUGAUGGCUUCAAAAUCCCCAUUCUUGGAGUACACUUGAAAGACUUGAUAGCGGUCCAUGUCAUUUUCCCAGACUGGACCGAGGAGAACAAAGUGAACAUUGUGAAAAUGCACCAGCUCUCCGUUACCCUGAGUGAACUGGUCUCCCUGCAGAAUGCCUCUCACCACUUAGAACCCAACAUGGAUUUGAUCAACCUGCUCACGCUUUCUCUGGACCUCUAUCACACAGAGGAUGAUAUUUACAAACUGUCACUGGUGCUGGAGCCUAGAAACUCUAAAUCGCAGCCUACCUCCCCUACAACGCCCACCAAGCCUGUGGUGCCCCUGGAGUGGGCGUCGGGGGUGAUGCCGAAGCCGGACCCCACAGUCAUCAACAAGCACAUACGGAAAUUAGUCGAGUCUGUGUUUAGGAACUAUGAUCAUGACCAUGAUGGGUACAUCUCCCAAGAGGACUUUGAAAGUAUAGCUGCCAAUUUUCCCUUCUUGGAUUCCUUCUGUGUGCUGGACAAAGAUCAGGAUGGCCUGAUUAGUAAAGAUGAAAUGAUGGCUUACUUCCUGAGAGCUAAAUCCCAGCUACACUGUAAAAUGGGACCGGGAUUUGUCCAUAAUUUUCAGGAGAUGACCUAUCUGAAGCCAACCUUCUGCGAACACUGUGCAGGAUUUCUGUGGGGCAUAAUCAAGCAAGGAUACAAAUGCAAAGACUGUGGAGCCAAUUGUCAUAAACAGUGCAAAGACCUCCUGGUUCUGGCCUGCAGGAGAUUUGCCCGGGCGCCCUCUUUGGGCAGUAGUCACGGGUCACUGCCUGGAAGCCCCUCGCUGCCCCCAGUGCAGGAUGAGGUGUUUGAGUUUCCUGGGGUUGCUGCUGGACACCGGGACCUGGACAGCAGAGCCAUCACGCUGGUCACAGGCUCUUCUCGCAAGAUCUCUGUGCGGCUGCAGCGGGCCACCACCAGCCAGGCCACCCAGACUGAACCUGUCUGGUCAGAGGCUGGCUGGGGAGACUCAGGGCCCCACACCUUCCCCAAAAUGAAAUCCAAGUUCCAUGACAAAGCAGCAAAGGACAAAGGCUUUGCCAAGUGGGAAAACGAGAAGCCCAGGGUGCAGGCUGGGGUGGAUGUUGUAGACCGAGGCACUGAGUUCGAACCCGAUCAGGAUGAAGGAGAGGAGAGCAGACAGGAUGGUGAGGAUGGCUGACUUCAGGCUGUGGAAACUGAAGGCAAUAAUGUUGGCUUUUGGAAGGAGCAGAAUGAGAAUCAUUGAAGAAAGCUCAGACUCUCAGGAAGUUAUCUAGAAAGAUGUCUGGAUGUUUCCUGCCUUGUGACAUUGUGGGAUCUCCGUGAUUGGACUAUGGGACAGAGAAUUCACCCUGACUAUGAACUAUUUAUUUCUCCUGCCCUGCCCUUAGUUAGGUGCCAUAAGGUCUGUAUUACGUAGUUAGUAGUUUUCUUAGGUAUCUUUCUCUAGAGCCAUUUAUAAUACGGGUGAAAUGAAAGCUUUUCCGCAAGCACUUGAUACUCAUUUUCUAAAACUCAGACUUUGCUUUUUUGGUGAGGAUAAUAUUUCAAUAUUUUUAUAAGCUUUUGUGUGGGUUGUGGGAAGGGGGUGUUUAACAAGGAGUUGAUUUAGAGGUCUUUUUGUGUGCCUUUGGAUGGGACCAGGACUUAAUAUUUUGCUGAGGACAAGGAAACCCUUUAGAGCCUGGAAUGCAGCAGUUCUCAUGAUGAUCACUUGCAACAAGGAGCCGUUUACAUUGUUCGUGUCGUACCGUAUUCUUGCUAUGAUGUGUAACAAGCCACACAUGUAUAUAUCACAUAAGUCUUACCAAUUCUGCAUCCCUAGGAAGCUAUGACAUAGUGGGGAAAGCUCUUCUAAUAUUUAUAGCAGCCAUGGGGGAAGAUUAACUAUUCUUAUCCAAUCUGACUGGGUUAAGCCAUCUUUCUUAAGAUUUCUGAAAUAGAAAUAACAAUUAAGAAAUCAAUUCAAGUUGGGGGGGAUAAAAUUUAGCAGAACAACCAUGGAACAAAUGGCUAGGUGAAAUGCAAACCAACCAUCAAUUUUUUUAAACCCAAAAUAAUUUUAAGAAUUUUGUUUGUUUAAAAAAACCCAAAACCUUCCUUUUGGUUGUAAAAACAAAGCCUUGUACUUUUCCUAAGACAUUGCCAUCUGUAAUUAAAGGAUAUUCAUAGAAAAUAA